AUGGAGAUAAGAUUAGAAGUUAUGACGUCAACAAGUAUCAAGCAGAAAAAACCCUGGCCACGAGUCUCUUGGUUGGGACAGGAAAAUGAAGCUGUUUUUCUUUUGGAUGAUAAAUUCAUAAAUGAAAUUAAUUUACUCUCAGGAAGGACAAAGAAGAAAAUUCCUAUUCUUCAGCCUUUGUUGAAAGAUGUUAUUGUCCUAACAACAUCCAGUAAUGAUGCCUGGCUGGCUGGGGUACUCACUACAGGAGAACUUUUUCUUUGGAACAAAGAUCAAGAUUGUUUGAAAACUAUACAAGCAGCUAAAGAGCCUAAGGAAAUGAUUAAAGCUUCAGUAGCAAGUUCUUUGAGAUUGUAUUUAUAUAUAUCUGGAGAUGGGAAAAGAGUUCUGCUUACAAUGCCCUCUGGUUGCAUAUUUCUUUGGGAAUAUUUGGAUUCUAAGAAUGUCAUAUCUUCUAAAAGUCCUUCACUGGUGGGCCAGUGGUCCCAGAUCAGACCUGAAGAAACAAUUCUUUUGCCUUCCACUGAAGAUAAAGAAGCUGUGGUGCAUGCUGUUUUUAUAAAAAACGAGUUAUUUGGAGACUGCUGCUUGUGUUCAUUUGCUUUUUAUUCUGGGCAAUGGCUGAAGUUAACGUUUCUGGCAAUUCGGUGGCAUGAGAAUGUAUGUACACCCAUAAGAUCAUUGCCAUAUCAUGUUCAUUGGGCACAACAAGACUGUUUUCUCUGCAGUCUAAUUCCUAAAUGUGAAUCAGUAAAGUCAAGAGGAGCUCUAAUUUCUGCCUUUUCAAGAGAUGGCCUUACCCUGGCAGUAACUCUUAAUCAGAAAGACCCAAAGGCAACUCAGGUAUUAUUUAUAAACACACUGAAUUUUGUUACCCUCUCUGGUAGCCUUAAAGGAUGUAGUAACAAGAAUCCUGUUGUUCCAGCUACACUUGUCAGGUCCUACUGGGUAGGUGAUGUCAGCUGGACGCAUGAUAAUCUUUUUCUGACUUGUGUGUUAAAACGUGGCUCUUUGGUUUUAUUGACCUGCCAGGGUGAAUUACUAACAUUAAUUACGCUUGGUUGCGCUAUAGAAUUUGGGCCAGCAGAAUUUAUUCCUCUUCAUCCGCUAAUAACGUAUAGACCACAGCAGUUUACAUUUCAAGAUUCAAAUGAUUCUGUAGAUUCAUCAGCUUCCGAUAGUGACCCUAUGAGACAGAGAUUUUCUAUAAAAGCACACUCCCGGCUACCCUACCUCAUUAUUUCUGAUGGGUAUAUGGUCACAACCCUUCGAUUUCUUGAUAACCUGUCUCCAUCAGCGCUCAUGAGAUCACUUCUACUUGAUUCAACCCAGAGGCUUGAGAAAACAUACCAAAGUGUGGUACUGUCUAAGCCCAAAGGCAAGGGGCUGAACUUGCGAUCACUGGAUUCCCUAAGGUCUAGUCUGUUAAAACACCAAGGAAAGGAAAAUUCAGCUGAUUCAGCUGUUCCCAAAUUCUUGCAGGCAGAAGAAACGCUGGAGUUAAAUGAAAAAACAGGAGAUUUGCAGGAUUUUGAAGCAGAAGAAACUAAUGAAGGCAAACACUUUCCAAACAACUUAUUUCCUUUUUGGAACCAAAAAAAUGACCCGUUAUUUGGUAGUGUCAAGGAGGGAAAAUUGGAAUUUGCAUCUAUGUUUGAUACGAUACAUGUAACGGAUGACACCGAGGAGACAGACAGAACCAUUACAGAACUGCAUUCUAUCCAGAAAAAUCUCCUUGCAGCAUGGAAUAUAGGAAUUUCAAAAAAUGUGACAGAAAAAAAUUUAAUGUUAAAUUACACAGUAGUUUGUAUCACUCAUUUUUUCUACAUUCUUCAAUUUGUAAAAUGUCCUUUCCCUAAACUUGAUAUUUUUUUAGGCAAGAGCCCAAGAGAUAAUGCAUGGAUGCUUUGUAUCUUUCAACUUUUUCAUCAGUGUAUAUCAAUCCAGUAUUGGGAUAUGAGAUACAAACAAGAUGUGGGACAUUUAGUAAAGCUGGCCUCACAUACUAUAAAACUUUUGCUGAUUCAGCAACAGCAGGGUCAGUUAUUCUCAGAGAAGCUCUUAGCCUGUUUUUAUUUACUUAAAAUGGUGGCUUCCAGUUUAAAUGGUGUAUAUAAUCUUCAACCUGAAAUUAUUUCUACAUCAGCUGAUGGAAGUAAAACAGCAGAUCAAGACUCAUUGGUGUUACCUAUUUUUCAAAUGUUUCAAAACUAUGGUUCUCAGGAAAAAUGGUCUUGGAACUCAUCUUUCAAGAUACAUCCUCAAGUAGUAAACGUUGUUCAAAGCCCAGGCCACAGAUUGAUUGUUCUCUGGAGAGUAUUGUAUAAAAAAACUUCAUGGUAUCAAGCACAAUUAAGUCGAAGAGCUCCUAAAGGUGACAGACAGUUAAUCGAAAAGAUGACACGUGAAGCAUCUACUGUCAAGUCCCUGCUAUGUCAUAUACAGGCUAACUUACAGGCUGCUGGAGAUCACUUGAACCAAACCUUAGAACUUAAAUCUAUAAAUGGUGAAGAGUAUUUUCUAUUAGGAUCAUAUGAAGAAUCUGUUCAACUGUGGAAGAAAUCUCUACAGGAAACUCUAGAGAAAGGAGGAAAAAGGACGUGUUUUCUUCAGAUACGCUAUUAUCUUUCUCUCUUAUACUGCUACCUCUAUAACUAUAAUUUGAAUGAUGCUCAAGGAUUAUGUGAUCAACUAGUAAGAGAAAUGCUGAGAUGGUCCCACCUAUCUGAAAAUGAAGAUUGUUCAGUUUCUGAGAAGGCUCACUGUGAGUUCGGAAUGACUGGAAAUGUGCAUCCUGAGGCGGCAGUGAGGGUUAUCCGGUCCAUGGCCCGGUUCAUGGCUGCCUAUUUCACCAAUCAGCUGCUUUGCAUUCUGCCACCUCACAAUGUGAAUGUUCUUCCUCCACUUCAUAUUAAAACAGAGCAGUCCCUUCGACUUAUUCUUCUACAACACUCUAAGGUGGCCAGUGUUGUUAGAGAGCAGAAUCUCUCUAAUGUGUGGACAGUUGAAUAUGCACUCGAAUUAUUAUUUAUUGGUGGCCUGGUUCCAGAAGCUGUGUGGUUGGCACAUAAACUUGGAGACUGGAAGACAUCUGUUUCAAUUGGUGUGGCCCUCCAGCUGUUCUGUAAACAUGAUAGCAGUUUCACAAGGUCCAAGGAAAAAGAUCUGAAGCUACCAUUAAAUUUGACUCCAGCAUGCAUUUUCCAGGAAAAACUUCAGUGUCUUUUAGGUCAACCAGCCUCUUUGGAAGCAAAACAUGAAAUGAGUUCAAAAUGCAAACGAUUUACAGAUCCCAUUGAAGAGGAAGAUGCAAAUCUUUUAUUUGGUUCCGUGCAAGAAGUACUGAAAGCAGCAGCUAUGGCUGAUGCAGAUGUUCUUUCAGAGACAUUUCAACUUCUGAUAGACUCUGCCAAAGACUUCAGUAAGAGACUGUGGGGCUUAGUGCCUGCAGGCUUGUACCUUCCAGCCCCUCCGUUAUAUUGUCCUCAGCCAGCUAUUCUUAGUGAAGAAGAUGGUGAUGAUCUUCUUUUAAAAGCUGAAAAAGAUUAUCGCCAAAAGGUGUCUGGAAUCCUUCAGCGCGUUCUCUUGCUUUUCCGGGCAGCUCGGUGUUCUUUUCCAGCAGCACAGUGGUACAUUUUGCAGUUGAGGUGGGCAAGAAAAGUCAUGCAGAAGAUUCGAAUAAAAGGGUCCCUUCCUUCCUUGAGUCCUUUCCCUCAGUCAUUACUUGAUUACUGUAAAGGAGGGAUAGCAUUCUUUAGACCUGGAGCAACUGGAGACCACAGGCUUGAUGAAGUUUCCAAUAAAGCAAUAGGUUGCUUCAGAGAACUUUGUGCUUUGUGUUGGAUGCUGCAUAUCCGUGAAAAGUUAUCCUAUAGUUGCAGGCAAUAUCAGAAAGCAAGAGAAAAUGUGGGGAAAGAAAAGGACUUUGAAGUGGAGUUUGAUUCUUGUAUGAUUGAGUAUUGUCUUAGUGCUGUGGAAUGGGCUUAUAGAAUGCUACCUUUCUCUCGAUUUUUGAAUAUUGAAGAACUUAUUCAGGAUAUAAUUUUGAGCCUUAUUGGAGAACUGCCACCAAUCAGAAAGGUAGCGGAAAUUUUCGUGAAGGCGUUUCCCAAUCCUGAGGACAUAAGGGUUCCUUUAAGAGAAAAAUAUCACUGUCUUCAGCAGAGACUCAGACACUGUGUUGUGCAAGGUCCCCAAACUGAGGAAAUGAUGUCUGUUACCAUGCAUUCUAUCCAUAAAGUGAGGGUUAAAGCUCUAAAGCGUGUGUGGAGAAAUAUAGGCCCUUUUGAGACGAAUAUAUGGGAACCGAUUGAAGAAGAAAAACCAGAUGAUGCUCCAGUUUUUGACAGGUUUUCCCUGGGGACUAGUUUGAGCAGGAGUACACUCACAGAACUGGGGAAUUCUCUGGUUCACAGUGAUGCAGAUACAGUAGAUACUUUAUCUGAAGCUUUGUCAGUGGAAGAAAAAAAUAGGAUACAUUCCUAUCAAAGAAAUGCCCCAGGUCACAUGGAAUUAACAUUGAUUGGUAAGCACAGUGAAAAAAAGAAAAUAUAUAAUCAGAAAGAAGAUUCUAAAAGUAAAGAAGAUCAUGAAAAGUCAUCACAAAAUGCAGUUCCUGUAAUAGGUGUUUGGGAAUUUGAACGUGAUGAUGAUGAAUAUAUUAAAUUCCUUGAUCUCUUCUUGAGUUAUGUUCUUGAAAGAGACUUACUUGGUUCCUGUGAUCCUGGUAUUCCAUUUUUAACCAGUUUUUCUUCUCAUCUUAGAGAACAUGAACUUAAUUCUUUAGUUUUUGAUGUGCAUACAACAUUAAAACGACGUCAGGGCAAAACCAAAAGCCAGAAUGUGUUCAGAGCUGGCUCUUGCUUUGUGGUUGCUCCUGAAUCAUAUGAAUCUGAAAACUCAUCCUCUUUAAACAAUGAAUGUGCCGUACGUUUGGAAAACCGGGCACUUUCUGCUUCAGUAGUGGUUAAUCAAGGCAUCAGACCUUGUGUAGAGAACCCUUUGAAUGAAGUCAAUAAAAAUGAAGCAAAGAGUGGAUUGUUUGGUUUAAAACAAAAGUCAAUUUACAGAAUGCAAAAUGACAACCGAGAGAAGCCUCUAGUCCACAGAUUGUCGACCUACGCUUUUUGCACUCCCAAUUCUGUUAAAACCAGAUGUCUUUUCAAAGCAAUUCAAAGCAAUGAUCUUAACCCUCAAGAAGAUCUUCCUGUAGCACUAAGUAAUACAUUUGGGAAUAUAAGAAGGUUGCUGGAAUGGAUGAUAAGAUGGUCUGAUAGAAGACUGCUCUGUGAUUCUAAUAUCACUAAGUCAUCCUGGGAGUACGGUCCAGUAAUUCGUGUAAAGACCUCUACAGCUGCCGUUCUUACAUCAUUAUGGCUUUUAGGACAACCCUAUUUUCCUACAUAUAAAGCAAAAAAUGCCAUUAUUAAGGUUCUGGAGAAUCAUUACUCUAGGUCUCAGACUGGACCCAAUAUUGACAGUAAGAGCAAAACAGAUGCUGGCUCUUCAGUUGCUAUAUCAACUCAAGGUGUAGCUAAGGAAAGAAAUGAUCAAAAUGAAUCUUGUCAGAAUAUCUUGAACUGCUGCAUUUUUGUCCAUAGAAUGCCACCUGAAGCAAAAAAACUUGAAUUAAAAGAAACCAGUGAUGAGUUUAUUUCUGUCACUCAUAAUCCUGAAAAAGAACUUAGAAAUAUUGAUGAGGAUCUUGUAGAAGAAGUAGAAGCAUUCGCACAGGAGAAAAUGGAUAUGAACAUAUCAGACUAUGAAGAAAACACCAAAGAACUCAUUGAAAGCCUCAAAAAUCCCAGUAUUGCUAUUUGCAUGCAUACUUUACCACAGAAUUCAGAAGAACAUUCCACAGGAGAGGUUCAGUGUUCAAGUGAAGAACCGUUGGAGACAUAUAUAGAGAAAAACUCAACUGAGCCGAAAAGUAUGAUUGAAGACUUUUCAAGUUCAGAACAUACCAUUUCUCAUUCGAUCUGUGUAGAUGUAAGUUCAGAGAUCUCUAGUGCACAGGUUUCUGCGUUUAAAGAUAAAUCUUCCUCAGUUCCACCUUUCAUAUCAAAUGGAGUCAGUGUUGCUUCACAAACACCUGUUUUACCACCUCACAAGACCCAGAGAAAUGAACCCAGGGCUCCAUUACCAGAUUCUUCAGAUUCUGUUAGGCAGAUGCUCCAAGAUGAAAUGUUUAAAUUAGUUCAGCUGCAGCAGAUCAACUUCAUGAGCCUAAUGCAGAUUGUAGGGUCAUCCUUUGCUAACCUCUCGAAUAGUCACCAGCUGGUACAGCAGUCUCAGUCUGUGCAUUUGGUGGGAAGCCAAGUGUCAAACCCCGUAAGAGGCAGUGGUGAUGUUGAAGACACCAGUGGAAAUCUCAAGGACAGAUUUUUCAUUAAACCACGAUCCACGGGAGAGUAUACCAGAGAGUCUGGCAAGACCAGCCCACGCUGCCAUAAAGGAAUUGCCCAGUCUGAUCAAAGCAGUAAUGGAAAUAUACAGGAUGUUCCACAUGAAAGUAUUCCUUUAUGUCAUUUAGAAGGCCAACACCAGAAUAGAGGACUAACUCCAGCACUUCAAAACUUACCACCCACUUCACUGUCUGCAGCCCCUGCUGCAAAUACUCACUUCCACCUUUUGUCCACAUCUUCUGCCAUUCAGAAGAUACCUAAACUUAUCCCAGCUGCAAAAACUUUCAGUCCUGGUGAUGGUUUUCCUUUGCUUCAUUUUCAACCUAAGUGUGAAUUCAAGCCCCUUUCCUUAUCUACUGGAAGAGUUCCACAAGUUCCCUUCAGGCCUCUGCCACAACCAAGAGAGGCUUGGGGAUUAUCUGAUUCCUUCCAGUCUCCUUUACCACAGAGAGAAAGGCAUACUACUUCAAUUUCCCAUUUGAAUUUGAGCCAGUAUGAUACUGAAGCCGUAAAUAAAGCCACUGAGCAGAAGAAAUGGGCAGAAACUGUAACUGCAGAAAUUCCUACGCAUCUGAACAUGGAUCAGUAUGUUGGACAAGAAAACUUGACACCUCAACGGGACUCAAUAUUUAUAAAACCAGAAAAACUAUUUGAGGUUAAGCAAGGGCCCCUUGAGAUAUCGCCUCAGAAUUCCUUUGGACUUCCAUUAUUGCACCUGCAGUUUAAACCUCCUUAUAUGUUUUCAUCUGCCUCGAGAGCAUCAGUUACAGUUCCCUCAAAGCCUGUCAGAAUGGUAGCAGAAGAAAGAAAAUACUCAAGUCUAUCGUUACUUCAUUCAUGCCUAUCCCCAGAAAAUAUGUAUAAAAAACCACAGCUUAUCCCGCUUGAAAACCUCAUUGCAUUUAAACAAAGCCAACAGAAACUAACACAUAACUUAUUUGAACAAGUGGAUCCUGGGCGAAUUCCGCUUCUAAAUGUCAAAAUAGAAUCAUCUGAAAUAAGACAAGAAAAGGACAGUAAAAAAAGGCAAAGAAGACGAGCUGAAAAAGAACUGCAAGAAAAAAGUUCAGAGAAACUAAGGAAAAAACCAAGUGUGACUUUCCAACCAAAGGAUUCCCUCAUUAAUGAUAAUGCUUCAGAGGUGGUUAUAAAACCAAAGGAACAGCAAGAACACUGUGGUUCCCAGCCUUUGGAUGACUUUGAUAUUCCUUUUGAAAUGCUCCAAGAUGACAUUACUACUUCAGCUGGAUUGCAUGUCAUGGCCUCUGUAAGGAAGAAAGCUAUAGAAAGUCAGGAUGCAAGUACAAAUACAGAUCCAGAACAUGAACUUCUGAGUGUUCCUCAGGUGUUGGUUCCAGAUGUAUAUCUAAAUCUCAGGUUUCCCACUGAAAUAUCAGAGAAACCUUUGUCACCUUCAACUGAAGCAAAUUUGGAAUUACCUGCCAGAGAUGAGCCUUUAGAUGAUAAUGUUAACAAACAGCAAAGUGAUGUUCUAGAAGUUCCAUCUUCUGCAGAGUUACAUCAUAUGGCAGCUUCAGUUACUAAUGCUGUUCCCCCACAUGAUAUUAAGAGUCAAGAUCUGCCGGAGCCCGAGUUCCAAUUCCAAGAACAGAGCACAAAGUCAGAAGCUGCAGAAGAUUACCUGUUGUGGAAACUGCUGCAGGAGGUCUCUGAUGCUUCUCCUGCACCUAGUGCUGCAGCACGCAGACUAGAGCGCCUCACGUCUAAGCUUCGGGAGAUUGAUGAACAGCUGUUGGCAAUACAGAACAUUGCUGAAAACGUAGAGCAGGAUUUCCCGAGGCACAAAAUGCUUGAACCAGUGGAUUACAUUGAAUUAUCCUCUGGCCCUGAAUUUGAUAAACCACUGGCUUCAAAAACCAUAAGCAUUUCUGAAGAAGUGCAUUUCCUGACUCAUAUGGAUAAGGAACAUCAAAGUGAUAAAGAGGAGACUUCAGAACCUGAAUUUUCUGUAACAGAAAAUUACUCAAGUCAGAAAGCUAGUGUGUUUCCUUCUGCGGACUCAGCUGUCAGCCUUUCCACUGACCAGAAUACUGCUACCGCUGGUAUGAAUAACAGUGAUGAGUUAUUUGAGAGUGUUUCAGUAGAUCCACUCCAGAUGACUGGAUUGACUGAUAUUGCAGACAUUAUUGAUGACCUUAUAACAAAAGAUGGAGUUUCCAGUGAAGAGCUUGGCUUAACAGAGCAACAAGCUAAGACUAUCUCCAGGAUUCAGCAUACUUCUGGCAGACGUCCACAAAGAACUGAGAAGGAGAGAAGAGAGAUUCGCAUCUGGAUGAAAAGAAAACAAAAAGAAAGAAUGGCAGAGUACUUAAAUCAACUGGCAGAAAAGAGAGGGCAAGAGCAUGCUCCUUUCUGCCCCAAGAACAAUCCAAUUUACAUGACUUCAAGGGAAAUCAGGCUGAGACAGAAGAUGAAGUAUGAAAAAGACAGGUUGCUACUCUCUGACCACUAUAGUCGUCGAAUCUCACAGGCAUACAGUCUGAUGAAUGAGCUGUUAUCUGAUUCAGUGCAGCUACCAACAACUGCACAGAAACCAUUGCCUUACAGACCCAGAACUGCUCGGGUUUCCACACAGCAACGCUCCCCUUAUCCAAACAGAGAGAAUCAACAUGGUCACAAUUCUCCAAUAAAUCAAUGUGGAAAAGUCAGUUAUUUAUCCAAAUCAAGUUAUACCCCAGAGGGGAAACCUUUUGUGCAACCCCAAGAUUCACCUUGGCCGAGUGGAACUGCCACUUUUACCAUCCAGGAAAAAGCUGGUGGAGCCAAAGCGACAAUACAGAAUGCUGUGCAGUCUCCAGUUAUCUUCCAAAAGGGCUCUGAUGCUCCAUGUCGUAGCCUGCAGUAUAGAAAAAAAUAUGGAACCAAGGAGUGUGUGGAAUAUGAGAGAGAAGAGACUGUGGUGAGUCCCUGGACACUGCCUUCAGAAAUCCAUAAGAUUCUUCAUGAGAGUCAUGAUUCCCUUCUACAAGGCUUGUCACCAUCUGAAGAGGAAGAGCCAGAGCCUUCUGUUGGGGUGAGUGGCAUGGACAGCAGGUCUGAGAGCACUGGCAGUAUCCUCAGCAAGCUUGACUGGAAUGCCAUUGAGGAAAUGGUGGCUGGAGUGGAGGAUAAGAACCUGUCUGUCCACUGGGUCCUGGGCCUGUAAGACCUGGAUAUCAUUCUUUUUCCAAGCAAAGGCUAGCGCUUCAGUGAUGUGGUACUGAAAGAUUUGUGGAUUUAAGGGAAAGGAACAAGGAAGAAAGCAAUGUGAAUUUGCCAUCUGCAGCCAUAUAAUUACCUAGAUUAGCCAUUUCAAGAGGGAAAAUAAACAUUUUCAAUAAUUUUGCCUUCUUGGGGAAAGGGUUGUUUAAAUAUAGAUUUAUUAUAUGUUUUCGUGUUUGAUUCAUCUUGAGGCAUAAUAAAAGUUAAGUUCCUUUCAAAUCAAGUUUGCAUAAUAUUUGAACUACUUUCAAUAAAAAUCUUACUUCUUGCCUCCUUCUUUACUACUCCUGAGUUCUGAGGAACAACCUUAUAUGGGUGAGUCUGAUGGCAAAAUCCUCUUAUUUCAUUGAAGAGAAGAAAGUUAAAAUCUCACUUGAGAGACUUAAUCAUGAAACCCAUUUUAAAACAUCCUAAAAUCCAUCUGUGUAGGGACCACUUUGCUCUAUUUGUUGUUAGUUGCCGUCAAUUUGAUUCCGAUUCACAGCCACUCUAGCUAAUCAUGCCUCAGUCAGAAUAAUACCCUCAGACAGCUAUACAUUCAUGGGACUCACCUCAUAAGCUUCGCUUCUCUCUUGAGGAUCACUCUCUUGCACUGCCUGUAGUCCAGUGCCUGAAAGCAGUUGCCUCACAUAUAGUUUGUUUCAUUUUAUAGUUGAGGCAGGAGGGCUAGUCAGGUACUGUUACUCUGUCAUAGCUGGAAACAUAAUUCUCUUCGUUUCAGUAAAUUUUAAAUCCAUACAACGAACCUGAAAAUGAGGCAAGAUACAGAGGACAGGAAUAACAGAAGAGGCCUGACAAUCCUAGGAGGUCUCCAACCUCUAGCUUCAAUAUGAUCUCAUAGUCUUCAGAAAAUGGAGACAAUGACAACUUUAUACAGUGGGUCUAAAAACAGAGGAAACAUCAAAUGAGUGUGUUUUAGAUCCUGCUGCUGCUAAAAAGGGCUGUAGACGUAAUGCCCUCCAUGCAUGAAAUGAAAGAAGCCAUUUCCAUGUUAGAUCUUAAGCACUUACCAUGCUUAGGGAUAUCCCCAGUUACCAAGAGUGUUCCCCAAAGUCUCAAAACUGUCUUAUUUUCCUCACAUUUUUAUUAGAAAAUAUGUUAUACAGCAUUUAGUAGAGUAUCACGAAACCAAACCCACAUCUGAGUAUCCUACUUUUUAUUCUGGCUGAGUCUGGAAUCUAUCAGCAGAGGACACUUAAACACAAUUUCUGCCAAGAUGUUAAGUCCAUGGACUUGGGUUAAAAACAAUUGACUUCAGCCUUACUCUCUCACUUCAGCACCCCCUGUUUCUAGCCUAUAGUACAUAUACUCAAUAAAUGGUUGAUGGACUAAUGACAAGCCAUUAUGGCUUAUACCACUUUCCACAUCUCAACAAUUCAAAUAACAGUGUAUACAGUGCUUUCUGUCCUGCUUCGCUUGGACCUUGUUGAGGAAAUAUGAGAAAAAGAAAGGAAAAAUGCACUUACACACAAUUGGGCAGAAGUCUCGGUGGUGGCCUUCCAGAAUUCUACUUCCUUCAUAGCAUUGCUUAUACACUGACCAUUCAUGUCUGUUCACCAUCUGAACUGUGGCCCUAUGCCAUUAAGGAGAUCCUGAUAGAAGUUAAUAUUUUGAUUUUAAUGAAAAUAUUGUACCUGGUGUUAAAAAAUUGCCCCAAACAAUGUUAAAGUUGCACCUGAAAUCCUGGGUAAGAGGUCUAGGGGCUCCAGUGAUUAAUCUGAUCCUGAGUCAUGGCACCAGAACUGUCAAAGAAAAAAUUGCACUGGACAAUGUUAAAACGUGGUAAGGAUGAAGUAAAAGAACUGUAAUGGUGGGAGAGGGAGAGAGAGUCACCAGAACUGUCUCUCUACACCAACUCCACUGAGACACACUGAGCUUUUAAAAAGAAAGUUGGGGGGCAGGGGGUGCUGGGUGAAUGAUGUACUGAGGUUGCAAUUAGGGCCAGUUUGUUUUUCCUUUUUUAUGAUAAGGCCACCUGGCUCCUGGGAGUCCCAGGAAGAUGUAGAAGGAGAGACAAGGAGAAACUAAAUUUAUUCUAACAGCCUAAAUAAGUCUUGGUCAGUUCCUUGUAAUAAGCGCUGCCAUUUUCCAGAACAUAAAAGGGUGGGAAGAUUUCUUUUACAGUGAGUUAACAUAAAAUUCAACUUUCAUCAGUCCUCACUUUUGUUAAUGAGAAAUGAUAUUCAUUCUUGAACAACCUAGAGGGAUUAUGAAUGUCUUAACCGGGGUGAAACAGGACUUAAGGAAUACUCCCUUGAGGAUUCUUGUUGUGUCUGCAGAAUCAGUUGAACAGUUUUGAGGUGGAGGCACAGGUCAGUUGUUUUAGUGUCAGGUAUCUUAAGAGAAUGCCUAAAACGAAAAGAGAAUUAUUAAUAUAAACAGUUGUAUUAAUGUCUAAGAGGUUGGUGGGUGAAAAUCUUUUGAUUAUGCAGCCCUGCUCAUUGAGUUUCUUCAAGAGCAAAUGUAGAUGCUCUUGGAUGCUGCCCAGUC